AUGGACUUAGUUUCGGUGCCCAUUUAUAUAACGCUGGCGCGUUAUAUAGGCCUGUGCAAUAUGCACUAUACGCCAGAGCUGAUGCGCUUCGAUUUGGAUCGUGGUUGGCGAUUGGCCUAUUGUCUGGCCAUUAAUUUGGUUUACUUUUUGUUAUCGCCCUGCGUUUGCGGCGUAAUGGCUUACACAUUUUUUCGCUGCCAGGACAUGGACAUGUUGGCUGUGUGCUAUACUGUAGUGGCCAUGGCCAAUAGCGCCCACCUGCUGUUGUUGUUGGUCAGCACUUGGCUGCGACAGUACGUGGUCUUUGUGCUGGUGGGCACCAGCAAUUGGAUACUUGAGUGCAUGUGCUUGGAGACGCAGGAGCUGCGACAGGAUCUGCGCUGGCUGCCGCGACGCUAUGGCCGACAUCGCUUGGUAUAUCAGCAACAGUUGCUUGCCGGUUGGCAACAUUUGUGGAGCAAGGUUCGGCGCUUGGACUUUAUGUUGCAGGAGCUGCGGCAAGUCUUUCAGCGCGUCAUACUUUUGAAUCUCUUCUCCAGCUAUCUGUCCGACAUUGCUGUGCUAUUCAGUUUGGUUGUGGAGUCUUUGGAUCGUCAGUUCGUUAACAGACCUUGGCUUAACUUGGGUCACUUUAUUAUCUGCAUAGCUCAUCUGGCUGAUGCUAUGAUCAACUUUUUUAUAUUCCAUACGAAUCAUUCGCUCUGGUGCAAGCUAUCCAGACAAAUGCAAGGAUUCUGGUUUCAACUAAAUUUUCAAGGCUCUGCAGUUGUCACAAGCUUUCGCCAGCUGGAGUUUGCUGUGAUUUUUCUCAAUCGUAAAUUACAAAAGAAUCCGAGACGCGUGCGUCCGCUACAUAUUGUUGGCCUCUUCGAUAUGAACAAAGAAUUUUGCUUCAACAUGCUCGCUUCGAUUGCGGUUAAUGUGCUUAUACUUUGGCAAAUUGCUUAUAAGAACUAUUACUAA